AGGUGGCAGCGGCCGGAGCCGCCGGGAGGAGCCGCUGAGCCGCGACGGGACGGGCCGAGCCGAGCCGAGCCGAGCCGAGCCAAGCCGGGCAGGGCCGAGCUAAAAGGAGACGAGCCGAGCCGAGCCGGGAGGAGCUGCGGAGCCGGGAGGAGCCGGGAGGAUGCGCGCGGCGCCGGCGGAGUCUCCGGUGCCGGUGUGCUGAGCCCGCAGCAGGAGCCGCGACCCUCCCCAGCCAGGAGAAGCGAGGCGGAGGCGACCCCUCGGGAAGCGGCCGCGGGGCCCGGCCGGCGUGGCCGCCCGAGGCCCGGAGCGCCCGGAGCCGCGAUGGCGUCGUGGCUGGGCGGGUUGGGCUCGGGGCUGGGCCAGUCCCUGGGGCAGGUGGGCGACAGCCUGUCCUCGCUCACCGGGCACAUCUCCAGCUUCACCAAGGACAUCCUGCUGGAGGGCGCCGAGGAAGUGGGCGAUGCAGCAACGGAACUCCACGUGUCCAAUUCUAGACUCAGAGAAAUAGAAAGUAUUAAUGCAGCACAAAAGUUUGAAAAUGAUAGACUGAAAAAAGUCUGUAGUGACUUGGAAGAAAAGCAUGAAGCAGCAGAGUUGCAAAUAAAGCAGUUAUCUAUAGAGUACCGCAAUCAGCUUCAACAGAAAGAGGUGGAAAUCAGCCAUCUAAAAGCCAGACAGAAUGCGCUACAGGAGCAACUGCAGAAAGUACAGACAGCUGCUCAGACUGCACAGUUAGGAGCUGGUGUUUUACCACCAGCCACUGCAUCAGCUUCCUAUGUUCCAGGGGUCAGACAUUCCUCAGGUUUUGAAGGAGAUGACAUGGAUUUUGGAGAUAUAAUCUGGUCACAACAAGAAAUAAACAGAUUGUCCAAUGAAGUUUCGAGGCUCGAAUCUGAGGUUGACCACUGGAAGCAGAUUGCAGUGUCCUCAAAAGUUCAAGGCACAAAUGAUGCUGAACAAAGUGAAAUAUGCAAACUACAGAAUAUUGUUAAGGAGCUCAAACAGAAUUUAAGUCAAGAAAUAGAUGAACAUCAGCAUGAACUGUCAGUAUUGCAGGAUGCACACAGACAAAAGUUAGUGGAGAUAAGUCGUCGACACAGAGAAGAACUGAGUGAAUAUGAAGAGCGAAUUGAAGAGCUUGAGAACCGAUUGCAGCAAGAUGGUGUGAGCACUGAUGCCAUGGAUGACUCUAAAAUUACUGAACAGAAAAAAAAUGCUCAGAGUCUACAAGGAGGAAAAGUGGAAGAGUUGCAGCUUGAGGAUGAAAUAAGAGAGUUAAAUCACAAAUUGUCUUCUGCCAAAGCAGAAAACAAAAAUCUUCUGAAAGAGCAAGAAUUGGCAAAGCUAGAAAAAAUCCAACUAGCACAAGAUUAUGAAAAGCUUAAAUAUGAGUUCAGUGUGCUUCAGAGAUCUGUGGCAGGGCAAGAUGCUCUUGUGAACGAACAGGAGAAGCUCCAGUCAAAGAUAUCAUUACCACAAGAUGUUGUCAGACUACAGCAAGCAUUAUCAGAAGCGGAAAACGAAAUAGCAAGACUUUCCAGUUUAAAUCAGGGACUUGAGAAGGAACUGACGAGUGUACAACAUAAACAUGAGAAUAUUCUUUCUUCGAAUACAGAGGAUCAGAAUUCAGAAUUAAAUCAGUUAAGACAAGAUUUGGAAAGGAAAGAGCAUGAAUUAGAUGAAAGCAUUGCUGAAAGAGAAACAUUAGUAGCGGAGUUGGAAGAACUAGAUAAGCAGAAUCAAGAAGCUACUCAGCAUAUGAUUACACUGAAAGAGCAGCUCUCAAAACAACACACAGAAGCUGAUAGUAUCAUCAAACAGCUGAAAUUUGACGUUGAUUCUGAAAGAAAAAAAGUAUCAGAAUUAGAAAUUGAGAAGAUGAAAAUUGUUAAAGAGUUAGAUAGUCAGAAAGAAAAACUAAGCCAAUGUUCAUAUGCACUUAAUGAUUUACACAUCACUAAGCAGCAGCUACAAGAUAACAUUAAAAAUCUCCAGGAACAAUUAAGGAAAGCCCAAGACUGUAAUUCACAUAGUAAAAAAGAAAUUGGAGAGUUGCAGCAGAGACUAAAAGAAAGAGAGGAGGAACUUCAUGUAUCCUUGAGCAAGUUAACAGAAAAAAGUAACGAGGAAUCUAACUAUGCUUGUCAGGAUCUGAUUCUGAAAGAAAGAGAAGAAGAAAUUGCAAAACUACAGAAUGACAUUUCAGAAAAUAAACAAGUGAAUGAACACUUAGAGAAGUCUCUGUCUGAUCUCAGAACAGAAAAUGGAAAGCUCACAGCAACCAUUGAAGAACUAAAACAGGAGUUAAGUGAUGCCGUUUCUGAGAAAAAUAAAGUUUCCUUGGAAAAAGACACUGUUGUGGAGGCUUUGAAAAUGGAAAAAAGACAGUUAGAGAGCGAAUUAAACCAGACAGAGAAAAGGCUUUUGGAACAAGCACAUAAGUAUAAACAAACUAUUGAGGAAUUAUCGAACGCCCGCAGUAUGGAUACCACUGCACUGCAGCUUGAACAUGAGCGCCUGGUUAAGCUCCAUCAAGAGAAAGACUUCAAGAUUGCUGAACUUAAAAGCAGCAUUGAGCAGAUGGAAACGGACCAUCAAGAGACAAAAGAGAUGUUGACUACUAGCUUAGGAGGACAAAAGCAGUUGACAGAUCUCUUGAAAGAGAAAGAGGUAUUUAUUGAAAAAUACAAAAAUGAAGCAUUACAGGUGAAGCAGGAACUUGAGGAAUAUAUGAAAGUUUCAAAAAAGCAGGAUGUCUUCAAACAGAAUUUGGAGGAAAAAGACAGAAGUCUUGCAGUCAUGAAGGAAGAAAAUAAUCAUUUGAAAGAAGAAAUUGAACGCCUUAAGGACCAGCAAAGCAGAUCCACGCCUGUGGUUGAGCCUAAAACUUUAGAUAUUAUUAUUGAACUUGAAAGUGAGGUAACACAGUUAAAAAUGAUAAAAAAUAAUCUUGAAGAAGAAAUAGAAGUUCACAAAAAAACUAUAGAAGAUCAGAAUCAAACAACAGUGAAACUUCAGCAGUCAUUGCAAGAGCAGCGAAAAGAAAUAGAUGAGUCCAGAUUUCAGUGUGAGCAAAUGAAUGUCACACAUGAAAGACUCUUUUUAGAGAAAGAUGAGGAAAUUAAGAAUUUGCAGAAAACAAUUGAACAAAUUAAAACUCAGUUGCACAAAGAGAGACAGAUUAUUCAGACUGAUUCUUCUGAUCUUUUUCAGGAAACCAAAGUUCAGACUCUUAAUGGGGAAAAUGGAAAUGAAAAACAUGACUUAUCUAAAGCUGAAAUUGAAAGAUUGGUAAAAGGUAUCAAAGAAAGGGAGAUGGAGAUUAAGCUUCUAAAUGAAAAAAAUAUUUCUCUUAGUCAGCAAAUUGAUCAGUUGUCUAAGGAUGAAGUUGGGAAACUUACUCAGAUCAUUCAAGAGAAGGAUUUAGAAAUCCAAGCUCUCAAUGCUAGAGUUUCCUCAGCUUCCUAUAGGCAGGAUGUUCUUGGUCUUCAGCAGCAGCUGCAAGCUUAUGUUAGGGAAAGAGAACAAGUACUAGCAGUUCUAAGUGAAAAGACAAGAGAAAACAGUCAGAUAAAAGCAGAGUAUCGUAAGAUCAUGGACAUAGUUGCUGCUAAAGAAGCAGCUUUGGUGAGGUUGCAAGAGGAGAAUCAAAAGUUAUCUACUAGAUCUGAAAACAGCAGUCAAGACAUGUCCAGAGAAACUAUUCAGAAUUUAUCCCGUAUCAUUCGAGAAAAGGAUAUCGAAAUAGAUGCCCUAAGUCAGAAAUGCCAAACCUUGUUGACUGUCUUGCAGACAUCCAGCACAGGUGCUGAUAACGGGCCAGGAGGUGUGAACAGUAACCAGUUUGAGGAACUUCUACAAGAACGUGAUAAACUAAAACAGCAAGUAAAGAAAAUGGAAGAGUGGAAACAACAAGUAAUAACCACAGUUCAGAACAUGCAACAUGAGUCAGCUCACCUCCAAGAAGAGUUACACAAACUUCAAGCACAAAUUUCAGUUGAAAGUGACAGUACUUCAAAGCUGCAGGUAGAUUAUAAUGGCUUGAUUCAGAGUUAUGAACAGAAUGAGAAAAAGCUGAAAAGUUUUAGUCAGGAAUUAGCACAAGUUCAGCACAGCAUAGGACAGCUUUAUAACACCAAGGAUCUCCUCCUGAGUAAGCUUGAUUUGGUAACACCAUCUGUGGCAACAGCUUCCACUGUUCCACAGCUUUCUGGUGUUCAAUACAGUCCUCCUGAAGUACUCGGUGACGAGUGCAAACUCCUUCAAAAUGAGCUGGAACAACUGAAAAAAAAGUUGCAAGAAAAAGAGUCAACUAUUAGGACUCUUCAGGAAAACAAUCAGCGAUUAUCUGAUUCUGUUGCUACAGCAUCAGAGAUUGAAAGAAAGAGUCAAGAAGGGACUGAGUCAGAGAUGAGGCAGAUCAAAGAAAAACAUGAUGUGUUACAGAAAUCACUUAGGGAAAAAGACAUAUUAAUUAAAUCUAAAAGUGAUCAGUUACUUUCUGUGACUGAAAAUCUUAGUAACAAAGAAAAUGAAAAUGAGCUUUUGAAGCAAGCUGUGACUAAUCUAAAAGAAAGAAAUUUAAUUUUAGAAAUGGAUAUUCGAAAACUGAAAGAAGAAAAUGAAAACAUAGUUGCAAGGUGUAGGGAAAAAGAAACAGAAUUCCGGGCACUUCAGGAAACUAAUAUGCAGUUCUCAAUGAUGCUGAAAGAGAAAGAGUUUGAGUCUCACUCAAUGAAGGAGAAAGCUCUUGCUUUUGAGAAGCUGUUGAAAGAGAAGGAACAGGGCAAGACAGGAGAAUUGAAUCAGCUGUUAAAUGAAGUUAAGUCAAUGCAGGAAAAGGCUGUUACUUUUCAGCAAGAGAGAGACCAAGUCAUGGUAGCACUCAAACAGAAGCAAAUGGAGAGCAGUGCCCUUCAGAGUGAGGUGCAGCAUCUGCAUGAGAAAGAGCAGCGCCUGAACCAGGAGCUGGAGAGGUUACGAAAUCACCUUUUAGAAAUGGAAGAUUCCUACACGAGGGAAGCUUUGGCUGCAGAAGACAGAGAGGUCAAGCUAAGAAAGAAGGUUUUGAUUUUGGAAGAAAAACUCGUGUCCUCAUCUAAUGCAGUGGAGAAUGCCAGUCAUCAGGCUAGUCUGCAAGUUGAGUCUUUGCAAGAGCAGUUAAACCUGGUUUCCAAGCAGAGAGAUGAAACUGUGAUGCAGCUGACCAUCUCCCAGGACCAAGUGAAGCAGUAUGCACUGUCUCUGGCCAACCUGCAGAUGGUACUAGAGCAGUUUCAACAGGAAGAAAAAGCUAUGUAUUCAGCAGAGCUGGAGAGACACCAAAAACAGAGUGCAGAAUGGAAGAAAAAAGCAGAAAACCUAGAAGAAAAAGUUGUGUCACUGCAGGAAAGUUUAGAAGAGGCAAAUACUGCCCUGGAUGCAGCAUCCAGGCUUACUGAGCAGCUUGACAUCAAAGAGGAGGAGAUUGAAGAGCUUAAGAAAGAAGGUGAGAUCAGAAGAGAAAUGCUAGAAGAUGUACAAAAUAAACUAAUGAACCUUAUGAACAGCACAGAAGGAAAAGUGGACAAGCUCCUGAUGAGAAACCUCUUUAUUGGACAUUUUCAUACUCCAAAAAAUAAACGUCUUGAAGUGUUAAGGUUAAUGGGAAGUAUCUUGGGAAUAAAAAAGGAAGAACUUGAUCAGUUAUUAUCUGAAGAGCAAAGAGGAGUUACAAGAUGGGUGACUGGCUGGCUUGGUGGAGGAGCUGGGUCAAAGAGUGUUCCCAGUACACCUUUGAGGCCAACUCAGCAGAACAUUUUUAAUAGUUCUUUUUCAGAAUUGUUCGUGAAAUUCCUUGAAACUGAAUCUCGCCCAGGCCUUCCCCCACCCAAGCUCUCUGUUCAUGAUAUGAAACCUUUAGGAGCAGCAGGGACUGGUAAAACUAGCAGUACUCCAUCCAACAGUCAAAUGCAAGAUUCUGCAGUCUCGGCAGUGGGCAGAAGACCAGAUGCAAAUCCAUUUUUAGCACCUCGAUCUGCAGCAGUGCCUCUCAUAACACCAGUUAGUAGUUCUGGACAUCUGCUUAUGAAACCUAUUUCUGAUGCACUGCCUACUUUUACACCACUGCCAGUGUCCCCUGAUGCCAGUGCUGGUGCUGUAUUAAAGGACCUUCUAAAACAAUAGAUGAUCUUGUAUCAGUAUGAUGAUAGUAGCACUUUAAGGAAAACAAGAACACUAUGCUGUAUAUAACUUAUCACAAUGAGGCCUUCUGUAAAACGUCAUGUACUCGAUUACAAUUGUAUCUUGCUUUUCUUUUAAUUGCAAAUUUGUCAAUGCUCGGAAAUUCUAAUGGUGGUAUGAAUAACUGCCUUCUGUAUAGUAGGCAUUCGUUUUGGGCAUGGGUUAAGUAUUUAACUGAGAAAAAUCUGUCUUGUUGCUAGAUUGUCACAAGACAGAAGGACUUUUAAACCUUUGGUAUAUUGAGUUGUUUCAGUUAUGCAUAGACAGCAUUAACCCUUCACUGUUGAGAUCUGUUUUACCAUUGAAACAACCUGCCAUUGGCAGUGGGCGUCCAAGAACCAGAAUUGAAAACAAAACUAUGUAAAACACCUCCUCCAGCACAAAUCGAUCUGAGGUGUUCAAUUAAUGGCACAAACUCCAAAGAAUAAGAUGGUGAGCAUGUGGGGGUUGAUCAUUGAGCAGCUGCAGUCUUCCCACACAUGAUUUGUGGUAUUUACUUAAUCACGUGUCUCUUAUUUGCAGGUCCGAUUGCAUUUGGGGGCAAUUUGAGGCACAUCAGUGUCUUUGCACAAUGAUUUGAUUUAUUCCCCCAGACUAAUAGCUGUUUUCAGCUGUCAAAGCCAUCAGCACCCAGGAGUUAACUAUGGAAAUGAGGGCUUCAUGAGAUACCCAUGUGAAGAAGAGUGAGUUAAUUUAGCAGAAGUUAUGUUCACAUAUAUAAAGCCACUAUACUCCAAUGGUCCAAGGUGUAUAUUUGAGAGACUUUUUGUGUCACAAGACUUUAUAGAUACCAGUAUAGGCUUAAAGCUUGAACACAUGUAUAGAAUUAAAAGGGAAGAAGAUGCUUGCUUAUCUCAAAUGUGUAAAUAGGUCUUUGUAAGACCAAGGCCAAAGGCAAUUAUUCUGUAUAUUUUGCUGUGAUAACUUGUACACUUUGUUUGGCAGGUGAAGAGUGAAGUUGCAUACUAACAGAUAAAAGUCACCUUCAUAAUGACUCUGAGAUAAAACAUCUUCAGUUUAAAAUGUGUAAUUUCUAAAUCUUUUUAUAUACCAUUCCUUGUUAGUCACUGUUAAGAUAACUGUUGUGGAAGUUCUAUAUUAGAACUGUCAACCUUUACUUCUUCAUUUUCAUUAAGGUCUUGGGUUAAAUUGUUGUAAGAAUAAUAUUUAAAUAAAAUUAAUUACUGAAACUUGUACAGAAUCAACAAAAAUAAUGCAAAGAAAUCUUUGCAUUUAUUUAUAUAGAGGUCAAAUAGUGAAUUCAUUUUGUUGCCUUGAAACCUAGUGAAGUUUUUUUUAAUUACUGUAUUUAAGAGCUGUUUAAGUCCCUUUUCUCUGGUAUAGUAAUGUUUCAUGGAAGACUCAUGCAGAUUUUUAAGUGGAUUGACCAUAUUGGAUAUUGAUUUUUAAAUUUUUCACUCCAUUAUGGACAGUUUGGCAGUUUGAUUUCCGAAAGGGUAGCAGCCACACAUGUACCAAAGUAAAUUCUGCAUUAUGUAAUAAAUGUAAUGAGAAUUUAAAAUUACCUCAGCUGAGAGUAUUGCAGUUGGGUACUUCAGAUGUACAUCUUCAUUUAAACUGGGCUGGCAUAUGUACCUUUUUUUUCCUCUAGCAAUUAUAAAGAAAAGUGAAAUCAGAUGGCUUCUGUGCAAUCUCUCUUGUUCUUGUAGUCAUGUCUGUUUAAUGAUAUAUAGCUGCUUCACAAUAAAAUUGCCUUUUGGUGAGCCAAAGCAGAAGGAAAUGUUUAGUUUUUAAAAAUUAUUUGACUUACAUGUUAUAAAUUAGAAGUGGAGUCAUGCUGCUCACUAUUCUCUGAAUAUACUAACUAAGCAGUUCUUUUUUUGCUCAGUUUUUUUCUUUUAACUGCAGAGAGCCUAACGUGUACACAUUUCUCUUUCAGGAAGCUUUAUAAAUGCCAAUAAAGAAAACAUAGACCA